CUGAUAACCUGACAGGUGUCAGCUGGUGACUUCAGGUGACCGCUCUUACAUCAGGUCUGCUAUAACAGAGGCUGUGGUAUGACAUUGUGUGGUCAGUUGUACAACUCAUUUAGCCUUGAGGGAUGCACUCAUUCUUUUAUUCUGAUUGGAGUUGUUCAAUAAAUUUAAUAAGUAAAAAGUCAUCAGUUAGUAUUUAGUUUGGUAUUUUUGUCAACGUUUAUUUCUGGUGUACAUGCUUACGUCAUUGAAUUUCAACUUGUUUUAUUAGGUAACAGAGAAAUUAUUUUUAUAUUCUGCCAGCAGUAAUGCUUUUAAUUUUAUUAUUUUUUUAAAGGCUUUAUUGAUUAUUUUUAUUAAAAUAUAACUUAAUUUAAUAAAUUAAAAACAUUUUAAUGAUUGGUUUUGUCUUAAUUUGAUUCUGCCUUAUGGAUUAUUGUUUACAGACAUUACAUUUUAUUUGAAAUUUCAUUUUAUAGAUCACCCACCCUAAGUCUGAAUUUAAAUAGUAUCACUUAGAUGCUAAAAAUUAUUCAGUGAAAAAAAAAUUAAAUAAGUGUUUUAUUUCGUCUUUUUUCAACUUGUUAGCCCAACAUGACAUAGAGUCAAGAAGAUCAAGUUAACAUUUUCCUACCAUCAGAAGCUUGUUAGACAUUAACAUCAUUCUUGGAUCUUCAAAUAGUCUUUUCCACAAAUAACUGAUACCAUGGCAACCAUGAGUUUACUAGACAUCUUGUAUCAGAAUACCAGUACCACAUCAACCGCUCCGAACAUAACAACAACAACAGAGACACCAAAACCCUAUCCAGUCUAUGUGGGCUACAUCUGUGCCUUUGUGGCUGUCAUCAUGUACGGCAGUAACUUUGUGCCCAUUAAAAAGUAUUACACUGGGGAUGGUAAGUUUAACUCAAGUAUGAUGCUGGGGCUUCAGACAUUGUAGGGAGAAGUGGGAAAAUGACUGGACGUUGACCGCACAUAUUAGUGACUGCUGCACUUCUUCCAAUAUUUUUAUUAUUAUGGAGCAUCAACUCAAUGCGUGUUUUAAAAUGUCAAAAAAUAAACAAAGAAAAUUAUUUUAAUUUUGGUACUGACAAAAUUUUUGAUUGCACAUAAAAAAAUGUCUUAUUGAUGUACCUUCAUUCAACUUCAUGGAUAAAAAUUGUAAUUUAAAAUAAAAAAUAUAUUGCAUACCAUAAACAAUAAAGCACACCAAAAACCUUAUGGGAACUUAAAGUUCUAGGAAAUAGAAAGCACAGGUUAGGGGAAAACCUGAAAAAUAUAAAACAAGACAUCAAACUUGUCAGCAAGAAAUAUUUGUUAGCAAGUAGUGCAAACAGAAUAAACAAAUUUAAAAAGUAAAAAUAAAAACUUAAGCUGAGGUAAUGUCCCGAAGAACUGCGAGGAGACGAUAUUGCUCUAUAAUACACAUAUAUUUUAGUCAUUUUUAUACAGUUUGCUCAUUAAUAAUGAAUUUAAGACUCUGGAUUGCAUGCAUUCAUAUUUCCCUAAUAAACUUUUAUUUAUGCUACCCAAUUUAAACUCUUGUAUUUCAUCUGUAUUCGCUAGGUAUGUUUUUCCAGUGGAUUCUUUGCAGUGGGAUAUUCCUUGUAGGUGUAAUCGUACAGCUCAUUCGGAAUGCAACAUUUUACCCGCUAGUCAUGGUUGGAGGCACCAUAUGGACAACAGGUAGGUUUACUAAGGAAAAAUAAAUAAUUCUAAGGAGUCAAAGCAUUUGUGGAAAAAAAAGUUUUAGUUAAGUUUUUUUGUAGUUAAGUUGUAUUUUUAAAUUUAAUCCCAAAAUUUAAUUUAUGACAAUCUUUUGUGUAGAAUAAUUUCAUUGCAUUUAUGGUAUUGAAGCAAAAAUAAAUUAAUUUAAGAAUAAAAAAGCAUCAGGUCUAUGGGGCACUCAUAGGAAAGCAUCAGGUCUAUGGGGCACUCAUAGGAAAGCAUCAGGUCUAUGGGGCACUCAUAGGAAAGCAUCAGGUCUAUGGGGCACUCAUAGGAAAGCAUCAGGUCUACUGGGCACACAUGGAAAGCAUCAGGUCUACUGAGCACACAUGGAAAGUCGCCAAAUUAUUUGAAAAUAAAAUAUGUAACUUUAUUUUGUUGUGAAAUUGGAUUGUGUUCAGCUUCCACCCCUACUCAGGUAAACCAUCCACUUGGCUCCAAACCCUACCUUGAUAAACCAUCAACUGUUGUUGACAAAAACAAACAUUGUAACCAGUGACAAGGGAACUGAAGAGGAAAUGAGUCUUGAUUAUACGUUUUUUGUAUUUUAUCCUCAGCUUGGGCUAUGACUAAUGGUCUCAUUAUGUUCCUCGCUUUAGGUAACUUGUGUGUUGUCCCUGUUUUCAAGACUAUUGGCAUGGGUCUAGGCAUGAGUAUAUGGGGUACUUUCGGACUGGUCACAGGAUGGGCAAGUGGGAGGUGAGUGUAACAAGAAAAUAGGAUCCAUUUAUUGAGUAAUGUUUUUUAAUCUAAUAACUAGCAAGGCUGAGUGUAACAGAGGAUAUGUAAGUGAUUAGAAAAUAGGAUCCAUUUAUUGAGUAAUGUUUUUUAAUCUAAUAACUAGAAAGAAAAUCUAGCAAGGCUGAGUGUAAAAAUGAGAUGUAUGAGGAUUAAUUAGAGUUGACUUCCAGAGUGGUGCAUCUUAUCAAGUUCUAAAGACAGAGUAUUCUCAUUAAUUCCUAACACACACCCACAUAAGGAACAAAAAAUGAAAAUUAUUACUUAAAUGUUUUGUGAUUUGCCAAUUAGUAUGUGUAAUGUCUCAAUAUUUAGACCAUUUGAAUAUGUCUGAGAAAAUACAAUACUCUAAAACAAGGGAGUACAAAAGUAGCAUGGGGAUGGCUGUGCCUUGUUUUCCAGAGACAGAGAGUUAUAUAUAUUUAAUUGUUGUGAAGGAGGCUGCCUUUUAUUUCCAAGGAUAUAAUUAUUAUUUGAGCUGCAUAAUGAUGUGUUAUGAUCAUUCUAUUUACAACUGUAUUCGAGGAGCUAUUAUUUUACAUUAAAAUAGUUUAUGUGACUCUGUGGGUAAUUUAAUAAAAGUGAAGUGUGCUAAACAGAACUCAGUAUUUCAUUUAAGAAAGCUGUGGAAGUCAUGUGCAUGAUUUAGACAAUACCUAUUGCAAGAGUAUCAAAAAGAGGGAGCAUCCAUACAAUUACCAAGACUGUUAAGUUGUUGUCACAGUUGGUAGACAGUGCAGUGUAUAAGCAGUUACAUCAUGUGAUAGUGUUGAAUAUUGUACAUGUCUGUAGGUAGAAACUGUUGUUAUAUGUAAGUAACUUUAAAGAAAUAUCAUCAGCACGGACAACAAACAUAAUUAAACCAUAGUAUCAAUUUUUAAGGUGUUACCGGCUAUGCUUGCAUGAAUUAAUGGUUUUCAAUUGGUGUCAUAAAAGGAUAGGAAAUAAAUUAGAGUAUAUUAUUAUGUCUUAACUAAUUCUGCUACUACAUCUGCUAUCUACCAGAUUUGGAUGGUUUGAUACUAAAGCCAAUGUCAUCAGCAACCCUGCCAUGAAUUACGCUGGUGUGGGCCUAGCCUUUGCCAGCAUUGUCCUCUAUGUGCUUGUGAAGAAUGAGGUCAGUUCAAACUCCACAGACAUGGAGGUUGUCAUUGCCACACCCACCGAUGGUGAGAGGGCGCCACUCAUACCAUCUAGACAUGUGAGUUCAAACAAAUUUUGUAAGCUUUUCCUUACUUACCUUAACUUACAUUAACUAUUUUUAAAUUCUUUAAAAUUUGCUCCAGCCCUUUUCCAUUUAAUCCUCUCCUCAUUCUAAGACAUGGCUCAGCAAUAGUACUGUAAUGUGUCAGGAUCAUAAAGUUGGAGGUGUCCCCAUUAUGCAUAGUAUUUUCAAAAAGGUUAUCCCCAAAGGGGGAUAAUGCUGAUUCCAAAUUACUCAUUGAAGUCACCAAAAACUCCAGAGAUAUAACAAGAAAGCUUCCAUUUUCAUGAAUUAUGGCUAGGACUUAACCUAUUUUAAGCCUGGCCAGCAGUUUAGUGAGCAGAAAGGUUAUAUUUAAUUGCAGACUGUCAUUAUAUUGCGAUAAUAGUUGCAAAAUUAGACUAAAGUGUGUAUUAAUUUUACACUUUGUCUUCUAAAGUGGUUAUCAACUAGCAGACCUUAGGAAAAAGUUGGUUAAUGUUUUUCAUUUGGUUAUUGCUAAGAGGUCUCCCCACCCUUUUUUAGGCUGCCUCCAUAAAUGAUUCUUACAGAAGCUCACAACUAGCCCCGGGGCCAGGACAUGAAGAUGUUCUUGUUUACAACAGAUCUACAGUAAGUCUAUAGUUUGUCAACUCUAAACAAAGUCUCAUAGAGAAAAAUCUGUUCAAUGUUGUGUGUAAGGCUUACGUCAACCAACAGAAGAGAAACUGUCCUUAACUUUCCCUUUUCUAAUAUGAACAAGUAAUUUAUUUUUUAUAAGAUCAUGUAGCAUAACAUGAUAAGCUUAGGGCAGCGUAAGGUUUCCACAUUGACAUAUCUGAUCAAAACCCAAAGAAAUAUCGUCUCAAAAACAAACAAAAAAAUGUCCGGCAUGGAGGCCUAUGAGUCUGCUAGGUGGCAGUUUAUGUAAAUUACUAAAUUUUUACCAUUGAAUUUUUCUUAAUCUUUUACCUAAUACAUCACAGGCAGUUAUCAAUUUACGAGCAUUUGCCAUUACGAAUAUCACAUUUUAAAGACUUUUUUUAUAUGUUCAUAUUUAUUCAAACAUUGUAUUUGUCUUUAAUUAAAAUUAACUAUUUACUAUCGUAUCUUGUUUUCUCUGUAAAUUUUUGUUCAACUUUAUUUUCAAUGUAUCAUUGAAAUUAAAGGUACAUAUUCAUGCAAAAAUGAUAUUUAGCAAGUAGGAUUGCAGAGUAUCCAAAAGCAGUGCUUAUUUAGGUUUUGAGUUUGAGGCAAACUGCACAAAAACAAGUAGUAAUUAAUAACCUCUAGGAACAGAACUCGUUUGUAAAUUGAGAACUGCUGUUAGUUGUAUGUUUGUUUAACUGCUGUUAGUUGUAUGUUUGUUUAAGUACCAUCUUUAAAUCUACAUGUCAUGUUUAACAAAGUUUAUAAGAUUGUUGCUAACUAUCCUGUCAACAAAAAAACAAAAUAUUUUUUAUUUGAUUAAUUAUACGAAUUUUUGAUCACUAAUAUUUCAUAAUGCAUGAAAAGAAAACAUCCCUUACCCUCGAGGUGUUGUAGUGCAUGCCAUUAGUUAAGAGUAAAUUGUUCGUGAAAAAUAAAAAUUUGUUAAAAAAUUUUCUUUUGAUGCCUUCUAAUGUCUAACGGCAUUUACCACAAAGUGUCACCUGAGAUUUCUUUGUUCACAGCAACAGCAUACCAAGGUCAAUCUUAAUCCAGUUCCAAUUGAAAGUAAAAAGGAGAGCACAGCAGAUGACAAAAUGUUUAUAGAAAACUUUUCCCCCAUGAGGAAAAGAAUUAUGUAAGCUCAUGACUGACGUUUUUGACACUUAAAAUAAAUUCAGUAGAAUCAUUGCAUUAUCACUUGCAAUGUUUUAUCGUCAUAUUUCCUCUUAGAUGCAUUUCCUUCACAAUGUUCUAUUUAAGUUAAUCCCCCCCAAAACCAUUGAAGACAAUUUAUUGUAUUUCUUUUCUAAACUCAGGUAAGAUAAACUGAAUUCAUUCUUUCACUAGUUUGUCUGCCAAAAUUUACAACUCAUUGAAAAGACCUUUUUUUAAAUGAAAUGUCAUUUAUUAAUGGCUGAAACCAGUGAAACAAACAUUUUUUUGUACCUCUUUCAGCGGCACGGUGCUGUCAGUGUUCUCUGGAAUCAUGUAUGGCAUCAACUUCACACCCUCAAUUUAUGUCAAGGAGCAUUACAGCGAAGCCAGCCAGAAUGGUAAUAUUACAUUGUUAAUAUUUCUUGUAUUAGAAGGGGUAAAGUAAGAAUUAGGGAGACUCAAUUAUAAAUAAAAUUUUAAGAAUAAAGACGUAAUACUGAAUUGAACUGAGUAGGGACUGAACUGGAAACAAAUAAUUCCUUUCCAUGAAAUUCCCAAUAGAUCCAUCAAUGUUACAUUUUUUGCAAUCUGCACAAGACAAAGCCAUGGGAAAAUGUUUACUUGAAAUGGUUUUUUUAUGUUGUCACCAGAAUAUUUAAAUUGAAAAAUGUAUAGGUAAUAGAAGCCAUUUAAUGUCCUGACGGAUAUCACAAUGGUCAAACCUUGGAUUUUCAUAAUUAUGGCACAAUUGAUAACUUAACCUGUGGAAAACUAUUCAUAGUACACAUUUCAGUCACAACAAUCACAGACUAUGCAAUCAAACACUAAGACUUGUCAUUAUAUGCCUAAAACGAUUUAAGUAUUGCAAGGCUCAAAUACUUAGCUAUCAAAUAUUGGUCUGCUUUUUUGGGAAAUGCUUGAAGGAGUUGUAUGUUUAUUUCUUAUGUACUUUCCAUGCAAGCCACCUGGCAGCCCGGCUUCCAUAUGACUGGACAGUGAUGAUGCUAUAUAUCAUUUUCUUUGAAUUUUAUGUACAAUAGUUAAACUGUAUAUCAGUAUGUUUUAAAAAAAAAUUAUCUACCAAUCAAAAUUUAAUAAAGUCUGUUAUAAUUUGAAGUUUAACGGUAUAUCAGUAUGUUUUAAAAAAAAAUUAUCUACCAAUCAAAAUUUAAUAAAGUCUGUUAUAAUUUCGACUGUAUGAUAAUACAUUUAUGGGUAUAGAGCAAAAAACUCCUUUAUUGAAAUGCUUCAUUCAUCUCCUUUCUUAUCUAACUCCUUAUCUUUCAGAUCUGGACUACACAUUCUCCCAGUUCACGGGUAUAUAUGUCACCAGUUCUACUUACUUUUUUGCAUAUUGUGCAUUUCAAAGAAAUAAACCAAAGGUAUUUCCUUCUCUAACAAACUGUGAUUUUAAUAAAAUUGUCUUUAGUCUCAGUUUUAAAGGGAAGUCAUUAAAUUAGUUACUUUUUUUCGGUUAUCUCCCCUGUUUAUUUUACAUGAGUUUAACGAAGUACUAGAAAUGCUAAUUGUUUAUGGUUUGGCUUUUUUAAUUGUUUUGUAUUAAAAAUAGAGUUUGGAGGGAAUACCUAUCUCAGAUAUUAAAAGUGUAGCCUACCAGGACAUUUCAAAUCCAAUAAACAUCUUACAAAAGUUUUCUUCUGUUGUGCUUUAGGUGUACCCUAGUGUGAUCCUACCUGGCAUAGUGUCUGGUAUUAUGUGGGGUAUAGCCACAACUUGUUGGUUCAUAGCUAACGCUGAGCUUUCAGAAGCUGUCUCUUUUCCCAUUGUCUCCACGGCCCCGUGUGCAAUAGCCUCACUCUUCUGGGGUGUGUUGAUCUUUCAUGAAGUCAAGGUAUGUUGUUAACGAAAAUAGCGUUGUGCAAAAACUAAGUAAUUUGUCAAGUAAUUUUAUAAUUUAGCUACGGUGAAACAUGUGUUAAGUUUAUGAUUGGUAACAGAGUUUUUUUCUUUAAGGUAAGAUAAUAUAAGAAUCUUAAUUGAUCAAAAUAAAUGAAAAUGUUUUUUAUCACAUAAUAAUUUUCGGCACAUAAAUAAGUACACAUUUUUAACCAACACAAGAUAUCUAAAUCAACCAUAAAAGAACUCCAUAAGAGUUCCUUCAGAUCAGUCGUAUAAUAUUUUGUAGUCCCCCAAAGCAUCAUUUCAAAUACAAUAAAUAAAAAUCACACUAGCUACUAAUUUUAAUGAGUAUGACAUUUUUCAAAUUUUGAAAUAAAGUUUGUUGUAAUUGUAGUUACUAUUUGAUUAAAUUUGAAAGGGCUGCAAUCUUAAUGUUUUUUGCACAUAUUAAAACAAAGCUUCGUUCUUUACCAGGGCUGCCGCAAUAUUUUGAUUCUUGUGGCUGCUUUUUGCGUGAUGUCAACUGGUGUGAUUCUGGCAGGCUUAUCGAGAUAAGUUGAACUGGUGGACUAUCCUUAUGAAUACAAGUCAACCCAUCUCUACUGGCAAAGCUUAUCUCAUCAUGGGUGCUAUGCCUAUCUUGAAUGCUGCAACCCAACAUUGCAGACUUAACUAGAAAUUGAUCCAGUGUCAUGGUGUUGGAGCAGUUAAAGUUAUAAGAAUUCCAAGAGUUUGACAAAACUCAUUUAUAUUUUUUUUAACUUGUCCUCCUUGUCAACCAUCUCAAACGUGUAUAUAUCUGUAAUUAAAGUUUUAUUAGGUUUUUUCAGAUUUUUUACUAAGUGUGUAACUACCCAUCCCCCCCCCCCCCCUCCAAACCCCCUAGUUUAAUUUCAUAUUUUUUGUAUCUAUUUGAAUUUGUUGUUUUACCUGUGCCAAUAUCUUUAAAUUAAAACAAUUGAACACUUUUAAGCAUUGCACAUAUUUUUCUCUCUACUGAUGAAGACUACGCACAACUGGUAAUCUUUGUGAACAGCCCGCGUGUGUAAUUAAAUAUAAGAGAGCUCCAUUUUAAGAGUCUUAAACUCAGUGGGUGAAAAUUAAUGUUAAGAAUCACGGCUUUAUUAAAGAACAGCUAAUUAGGAAAAUGGAAUUUCCACUUUGCUUUAAUAGCUUGAAAUUGCUUGUUUUUCUAUUAUGAUCAGUUGCUUUCACUAAUAUAGCAGCUUAUGAUGUAUCUUAACAGUUCAAGGGUUUUUUGGUUGAAGAAGGUUAAAUGGCACCGGUAAAUUAAACACAAAAUUGAAUGGAGAUGAUUAUCAUUGUAAUGCUUAAUUCAUGUUUUGAUCAAUGAAAAUCCUUUAUUUGGAAGGAUAUUUCUUUUUUGCCUCAAAUUGAUACUUGUAUCAUUUUUUCAAAGUAUAAAACUGUGAGAUAUCCAUCAUUCAGGUUUUGAAAAAUUUGUAUCGUUAUAAACUUUCAUUCAUGAAUAUUCAAAAAGACUGACUUGCUCAAUACUCAAAUGGAUGAUGUAUUUUCUUCCUCUCUUAGAACAAAAAAUACAUCAAUUAUUGACGUCUUUCGUUGCAAUAUUGACAAUUAUAAUUAGUAACACUUUUAUUUUUAACUUGAUAUAGUGUUGUUUUUUUUUUUUUGUACAGUUUUCUUAUUACGUAUUUCAUCACUUUUUAAUUACCAUAGUACUUUCACCAGUGACUCAUGUUUAAAUUUUAAGAAAUUACACACAAAAUUGAUUAAAAAUAAAACCCAUUAAUAAAAUGACGUUUUUUAUUUUGUGUGUAUGCCUAUGAUUCAUUUCCAUUCCAUGUUUUAAAACCCUUAGUAGAAGGGAACUUAGGAACAGUUUGAUAUUAAAGUUUGUACUUAGUGACCUAUGGGUAGUACUCUCUCAUCAGUUUGUUUUUUUAUAUUGCUCUAACCAUUAAAUGAUAUGUUUAAUCUGCCAUAUGUUAUUAUAUUCUAACCCUUAAAAACCCACAGUAUACUUACAUAUAUUUUUUUUUCCACACUCUGAUGUAUCAUGUAGAUUCUAUAAGCUUAUGUUAGAUUUUUACCUCCUAGCUUGAUUAUAUUGCUACAUAACUAACUCUAUAACUUGCAAACUGACUGCAUAAGCCGAGUGAAUCUGGUAAAUUAACUGGUAUUUAUAUACAUGUAUAUAUUAUACAUUUUUUGUUGUAUUUAUUUGACAAAUUCAUGAUUAUAAUUUUGUAUUGUAAAUAGUUUGUUGGUUUCAUUUCUGUAUACUAAUUGCUACAUUUUGUUAGCUGAUGCUUUGAUUAGGGGGUAACAAUUCAUGCUACCGUAUAUAUCAUGGGUCGGGAACCUUUUUGUCCGAGAGAGCCAUGGACACCACAUAUUUUGAAAAGUAAUUUUGUGAGAGCCAUACAUUAUGUUUAAAACUAAAAAUUCAAGUAAAUGUGUGCAUUUUGUGUAAUUUAAACACUAAAAAUGCAAUAAUUAUGUCUCUGAAUUCUUUUUAAUAACAUUGUUAUGCUGUUGCUAAUCAAAGGAGUCUAAAGAAACAUUUUUUUUUUUAUAAUCGAACAUUUUUCUGUGAGCCAGAUGCAGCCAUCAAUAGAGCCACAUCUGGCUCGCGAGCCAUAGGUUCCCGACCCCUGGUAUAUAUUCUUAAAUUUUUUUACCUCAUCGACAUUUUAGCACAAAAAUACCGGUAUAUAAAACUGAAUAAUAUAUGAAUCAACAGUGAAUAAAACUAUGAUGACUAUCUUAAA